AGUGAUUCAGCAGUGAUUCAGUCGGUAUUCUCUCUUUUUUGAGCUUCAAUUCAGUGCAUUCAGUGAAUCCAAUUGAAUGUAAUGUUAUACUCAAUUAUGAAACUUUGCUCAUGAUUCAAGCAGUCGCACAAUUCCCAGCACAACAUCACAACACGAAUAAGCGGUCAACCAUGACGAUCCUCGAUGAUCACAACGCUUUGGACAAGAGACACAAACUAGGCGAAACAUAAUAUCCACUAUGGGCCAACACGGCAAAUCGCAAAUGGCAGACCUCACGAUGGAGCCGGCAGUCCACAAUGACUGGCCCAGCAAGACAACACCAUUGUUUAGAGGCGGACUGUCCAGCAGUUCAGGCUAUUCGACCCCUCCCCAGCACGAUCCCAUUCCUUCGUCCUUCAUCCCAGCAUCGAUCAAUUUAAUUGAUACAUAAUUCUACCAUGGCUACCAACGCCAGCUCACAGCUUUUCCAGCCUCUGGCUAUCGCCAAUGGCAAGAUUACGCUCAGCCAUCGUGUGGUUCAUGCCCCGUUGACUCGCAACCGGGGUGUUCCUCUAAAUGCCACCAGUACUCCUGAGAAUCCCAAUCGCAUUUGGAUUCCGGGGGAUCUGAUCGCUGAAUAUUACAGCCAGCGCACGACCAAGGGAGGGUUGAUUAUUUCCGAGGGCAUUCCCCCUUCUCUCGAGAGCAAUGGCAUGCCCGGUGUCCCCGGUAUCUUCAUCCCUGAACAAGCAGCCGGAUGGAAGAAAGUCGUCGACGCCGUCCAUGCCAAAGGAGGCAUCAUCUACGCCCAAUUGUGGCACGCUGGCCGUACCACAAUUCCCCAUAUGACUGGAUCUCCUGUCGUCGCUCCCUCUGCCACACCUUGGGACUCGCCGACUGAAUGCUUCCCGUAUCCCCCGGUUGGUUCGACAGAGCAGGUGAAGUAUGUGGACCACCCGCCCAUUGAAAUGACAGUCGAACACAUCCAGCAGACCAUCAAAGACUACUGCACCGCCGCGAAAACAGCCAUGGAUGCUGGCUUUGACGGUGUGGAAAUCCACGGCGGCAAUGGAUAUCUGCCUGAGCAGUUCCUCAGUUCCAACGUCAACAAGCGCACAGAUGCGUACGGUGGCACGCCCGAGAAGCGAUGCACCUUUGUCUUGGAGUUGAUGGAUGCUCUGGCCCAAACGAUCGGCGAGGAGAACACGGCCAUUCGCCUCUCGCCAUUUGGACUCUUCAACCAAGCGCGCGGCGAGCAGCGCGUCGAAACCUGGACAUAUCUGUGCGAGAAGCUGAAAGAGUCUCACCCGGCCAUGUCCUAUGUCAGCUUCCUCGAGCCUCGCUACGAACAAGUCUUCAGCUACGAAGAAAAAGACCAAUUCCUACGCAGCUGGGGCCUGGAAGCCGUCAACCUCGACCGAUUCCGGAAGAUCUUCGGCUCCACCCCCUUCUUUUCCGCGGGAGGCUUCAACGACCAGAACUCCUGGGGCGUUGUGGAAUCGGGCAAGUAUGAUGCCAUCGUGUACGGGCGGUACUUUACCAGUAACCCGGACUUGGUGCAGAGGUUGGAGAAGGGGAUUCCGCUGGAGCCGUACGAUCGGGCUCGGUUUUAUGGGCCGUUUGAGGAUAAUGCGUUCCAUUAUACGGAUUAUGUGGCUGCUAAUGCGGGAGCUAGUAGUUGUUCUAUUGUAUGAAAUGGGUGUAAUGAGUUAAUUUAGUUGAUUCAGAAUUGACAAUGUUUGAUGUUGUUGUGAGGCUGAGAAGUUGCUUUUGAUAACCCCUGC